AAUCAUGUAGUUUGGUUUGGCACGCAUGACCAAAGCUGAGUUGAGGCUAUGGGGGGUAUUUUGGAACAAUGACUAGUUCAAGGUCCAGUUCCUUCCCGGCGGUCAUUGAUGAUCACAAAUUGGUUAGUUUAAAAGAAGCAAAUCUCAUAGCAGCUACCUAACUCAAAAUCCCCCCUAAAUACUUCAAACCUUAUUUUCUACAUCAGUCAUUAUUUUUUAACCAAACUCGGUCUAGGUAUGGACCAAAAUUUCGGUAGAAUUAACAGCGAUAGCGUCUAAAGAUCGUCCCCCCAUGUACUUGUAGUGUACAUGUUAUUAGAUGGCGCCUCAUGUGGAAUGAAUGGACCAAGGUUCGACUUCGCCCACAAAAACUAUCAUUUUCACCAACUCAAAAUACAUUAAGCAACAGUGCAGUUAAUUACUUGGACCAGCUCGUACUAUAAAUCCUGUUCACAUUUAACUUGGGGUUUAACUAGACUGCACUGUUUUUGUUUUCCCAAAGCCCCCCACCAAGUGUUAUAUAUAUAUAUCAAAGUAAACCUUAGCCACAAUAAGUGAAAAGUGUGAGUAAAUGGGGAGGUCUCCUUGUUGUGAGAAAGGUCACACAUACAAAGGAUCAUGGACUAGAGAAGAAGAUGAGCGUUUGAUAGCUUACAUCCAAGCUCAUGGAGAGGGUUGUUGGAGAUCCCUUCCGAAAGCUGCUGGCCUUCUCCGUUGUGGUAAGAGUUGCCGGCUUCGAUGGAUUAACUAUCUCCGCCCUGAUGUUAAGCGAGGUAAUUUUACCGACGAAGAAGAUGAACUCAUCAUCAAGUUACAUAGCCUUCUUGGUAACAAGUGGUCAAUCAUAGCAGGGAGACUACCUGGGAGAACAGAUAAUGAGAUCAAGAAUCAUUGGAAUACCCACAUAAAGAGGAAGCUAGUGAGCAGAGGUAUUGACCCUUUGACACAUCGACCGGUCAAUGAACAAGCUGAAAUUCACACCAUAUAUACAGUCUCAUCAACAGCAGUUCUAAGAGAAGAUGGGAGACAAAAGAACCAAGAAUUGAAUCUUGAGCUGCAGAUAAGUCCACCAUCGUUACAUUCACACCCACCGCAGGUAUUGCAGAAAAGAAACAGAAAAGUCAUUUGCUUCUACUGUAGCUUGGGGAUUCGAAACAGCAAGGAGUGCACUUGUGAGGGUAGUAGUCAUAGUAGAAGUAUACAACAUGUGAGCUUUUGCACUUGGCGAAAGGCGUUUCAAAGUGAGAAUUGAAGUAGAUGAAUUUGGUUAUGAUAACACAGCCGAAAAUGGGUUUAUUGUAUACUUUCAGUCUGGUUGUUCGAUGGUGAAACACCACAGAUUUUAUGAUAGUUCAAUGAAAAGUUAUUAUAUACAUAUUCUUAAGGAUUA